ACUUGCGCCCUCCGUCACAAAAUAAAAUAAAGUCUCCCCUUUCCUUCAUCCAUUUGAUUCAGAGCAGUGAGAGUGUGAGGCUAGCUUUCGCUUCCAAUUUUCAGGUGAACAACGAAGGGGCUGAAAUGCUGUUUAAAACACUGCUCUUGUCAUUUCUGGUGUUGAGCUGCACAAGCCAUGGGAAUGCUGGCAUUACUAGCACCUUUGUUCGUUCUGAGUGGCCGUCAGUUGAUAUUCCUCUAGACAAUGAAGUUUUUGCUGUGCCUAAAGGUUAUAAUGCGCCACAGCAAGUGCAUAUCACACAAGGGGACUAUGAUGGGAAGGCUGUGAUCGUUUCAUGGGUUACAGUUGAUGAACCUGGAUCGAACAAAGUUAGAUAUGGCCUAUCAGAAGAAAAACUUGAUUUGACUGCAGAAGGGACUGUGCACAACUAUACUUUUUACAACUAUAAAUCUGGGUAUAUUCAUCAGUGCCUGAUUGAAGGUCUCCAGUAUGCCACCAAGUAUUACUAUGAAAUUGGAGAUGGAGAUUCUUCUAGGAGCUUUUGGUUCCAGACACCCUUACCAAUUGAUCCUGAUGCACCUCAAAAGUUUGGAAUAAUUGGUGAUCUUGGUCAAACAUACAAUUCCCUUUCGACUCUUGAGCAUUGCAAGCAGACUGGUGCAGAGACUAUUUUAUUUGUUGGAGAUCUUUCAUAUGCUGAUAGAUACAAAUAUCAUGAUGUUGGUGUCCGCUGGGACUCAUGGGGUCGUUUUGUUGAACCUAGCAUAGCUUAUCAGCCAUGGAUUUGGUCAGCUGGAAAUCAUGAAAUAGAGUACUUUCCAUAUAUGGGGGAGGUUAUUCCUUUCAGAAAUUUUCUUCAGAGAUACCCUACCCCUUACCUUGCUAGUAAAAGCAGUAGUCCUCUGUGGUAUUCUGUGAGAAGGGCUUCUGCUCAUAUAAUUGUCCUGUCCAGCUACUCUCCAUUCGUAAAAUAUACGCCUCAGUGGGAGUGGCUUAACGAAGAGUUUACAAAAGUCGACAGAGAGAAGACUCCAUGGCUUAUUGUCCUGAUGCAUGCUCCAAUCUAUAACAGUAAUGAUGCUCAUUUUAUGGAAGGUGAAAGCAUGAGAGUUGCGUUUGAGAGCUGGUUCUGUCGCUACAAAGUUGAUAUCGUCUUUGCUGGUCACGUCCAUGCGUACGAAAGAUCAUACCGUAUCUCGAACAUAAAAUACAAUGUCUCAAGUGGUCCUUCUUAUCCUGUACCUGACAAAUCAGCACCUGUUUAUGUAACUGUUGGAGAUGGAGGAAACCAAGAGGGUCUUGCUCAAAGAUUUAGAGAUCCCCAACCAGACUAUUCUGCUUUUCGUGAAGCCAGCUAUGGACAUUCUACAUUAGAGAUAAAAAACAGGACACAUGCAAUUUACCAUUGGAACAGAAAUGAUGAUGGAAAAAGGAUACCUACAGAUUCAUUUGUGCUACUCAACCAGUACUGGGGACUUAAUCGUCGGAGAAGAAAACUGAGGAAAAAUCAUCUCCAUUCCGCCCUGUCCGAUUUACCUCUGAGUAUGGUAUUGUGAAUUUAGCGUUCAAACGCAGUAAGUUCCUUUCGGGGUCUUAUUCUGAUUCUGAUUCUGAUUCUGAUUCUGAUUCAGAUUCAGAAGUUGUUAGAAUAAGCUACUCCUGUCCAAUGUGGAAGUACCUUUACCUGUGAUAAAACUUUGUUUCUAAUAUUGUGAGACUGAGCUUUGGUGCAUGUAUCUGUACUACAUAUGUAUUGAAACUGGAAACGAGCAGCAUUUGGAAUGUUUGUUCGGAGUAUUAAUAAUGGUUUCUUAUUGACUCA